GAGCGCGGCCGAGAAAACGAGCGAGGCGAGCUGUCGCUUUUGACCUCGGGGCGUAACGGAAUCGAGGCGGGUUCGCGCGCUGCUGCUGCUGCUCCCCUAUAUAAGAAGAGGCGGCAAAGGCAACGGCGGAGCCAUCGUCGUCGUACUUGCCCGCAAGGAACACGGGUCGGCGGCCGGCGGUUGGAGGAGCCGAGGGGGUUGGAGCAGCAGCAGCAGCAGCUGGGGGGAUCGGUGCGCGCGCGCGGUGGCAAUGGAGAAGCCCCGGCAGGUGGUGCGCAAGUUUCUGGCGCGGCCGCAGCACGAGGGCGUCGGCGCCGUCGUCCGCCGCAGCGUCGGCAGGUUUGAGCUGAGGUACUUCGAUCCGUUCCUAGUCCUCGACGAGUUCUCCGUCUCUGCUCCGGCGGGGUUCCCCGACCACCCGCACAGAGGAUUCGAGACCGUCACCUACAUGCUCGAGGGCGCGGUGACGCACGAGGACUUCGAGGGCCACCGUGGCACGAUCAAGGCCGGCGACGUGCAGUGGAUGACGGCCGGCCGCGGCAUCGUGCACUCCGAGAUGCCCGCCGGCCCCGGCACGUCCAAGGGCCUGCAGCUCUGGGUCAACCUCUCCUCCGCCAACAAAAUGGUCGAGCCCGGGUACCAGGAGAUCCAGAGCAAGGACAUCGCGUGCACGUCCGCCGACGGCGUCACGGUGCGCGUGAUCGCGGGGAACGCCAUGGGCGCCCGGUCGCCGGUGCGCACGCGGACGCCGACCAUGUACCUCGACUUCACGGUGCGCCCGCGCGCCGCGGUGCGGCAGCCCGUGCCCCCGUCGUGGAACGCCUUCGUGUACGUGCUCGAGGGCGAGGGCGUCUUCGGGGCCGAGCGGUGCGCGCCCGCCGGCGCGCACCACCUGCUCCUCCUCGGGCAGGGCGACGGCCUCGAGGCGUGGAACAAGUCGGACAGGCCGCUCCGGUUCCUGCUCAUCGGCGGCGAGCCCAUCGGGGAGCCCGUGGCGCAGCUGGGCCCGUUCGUCAUGAACACCGAGGAGGAGAUCGACAUGACCGUCGACGACUUCGAGCGCUACGCCAACGGGUUCGAGAAGGCCAGGCACUGGAAAUCGCAGGCCAUGGUAGCGCUGGGCGUAGAGUAGGGCGAAACGAAGAGCAUAGUACACAGCCAAGAGAAGAAAAGGUCAACACAUUAUUUUCGUUUUUUCCCUAUUUCUCGUACUAUAGUUGCUAGAUUUAUUAUUUUUUCCUUUUCCCCAACAUCGGGGUCUCUCUGUGUACAUAUCUGGCAUAAAUUAAGUUUUAUCAAUAACGGAAUUAUUAAAUGUUCAUAAUGUUGAA